AUGAACGACACUGGAAAUACACGACCGGAGACGUUUGGUCGACUACGAGGCGAUGAGAUAGACUGGAGCAAGGCAGCCUUAGCCAUGGAAUUGGUGUCCCCCAAUGAAGCGUCAGGCCUCAGAAUACUUGCUGCGCAGUAUUUUCAGGCAGUCGAGGUGCGGAGCCUGCGUUUUCCACCAGGCAACGUACUGCUACAGCUACCGGUGCAACAAUGGAUCAACCAGAAUAUGUUCUGCGAAGACACAGUAUGGCCUCUGCCGCCAUUGAACUACCGUACUCGAGUCCUUAAAAUGAUCUUGUCGACAAUUGAGGAGUCGUUCACUGACCCUGAGGAGGAUGAGAUCCUAGACGAUCUCAUGACGACCUGGGGUAUUCUCAUUUCUCGCCCUAAGCUGUCACCGCUUGAACAAACCCAACAGUUGUCCUACAUCAAGUACAAACCGCCUGUGUUACUGGGUUCUAAACACGACGAGAGCGUCAUUACGCUAGAAAAUCGAGGGUUGAUCCUCGCGGCAGGAACUACUGGUUUUCGGACCUGGGAAGCGGCCUUGCAUCUCGGAACAUUUCUUUCCACUCAAACUGGCAAAGAGUUUAUUACUGGAAAAAAAGUUCUUGAAUUAGGAGCGGGAACAGGGCUUGUGUCCAUGUACUGCUCAAAGAGCCUCGGCGCUAGCAGAGUAAUAGCAACAGAUCGGGAACCAGCAUUGAUUGCGAAUAUUCAAGAAUGCGUUUCUUGGAACAAAUUAAAUUCGAAGAAGAUUACUGCUUCUAUCUGGGAAUGGGGUACUCCACUGGAAUGCCCCGAUAACGUGCAGGACAAUGGACAGUGUGUCAGCAUUGACACCGCGUUAGGGGCUGACCUGGUCGCCUUUGAGUCGCCCCCAGAGGAGGCCCAGGAUGGAUUUUUUCACAGUACUAGUAUUCCUAUCCUAACAUACAAAGUAAUAUCGCCGCGCACGACCAGGUUAGACUAA